GACAAGUAGACCGGUCCACCGCAAGAAGUGACUUCAAACACGCGCGAGGCUCGCUGCAGGAGCUCUCAAACUCCGGCCGCCAGUCGUCGUCAUGCGCCUCGGCUUUUAAAAGCGUCCCGGCUUCUGCUGCUGCAGCUGAAGAGGGAACAACUUGCUGUCGGUGACUCUUUUUUCUUAACAGAGUUUUGUGUCCAGCCGGUAGAGCUCUGAGCACGCGAACAGGAAGGAGGUGGAUAACCCACUUCUCCAGGUUUCGGCAUUGCGCCGCAUUCCAGUCCGGCGCGCAGCGCUCAGGAGUCGGACCCGGUGCGCUCCGUCUCCCCGCUCCUUCUGAAGACUCCCGGAUCUUUUCUGUUUGUGUUCAAAGCACCAAUAAUGCACAGAGAGACCCGCUUUCAUUUAAGAUAGAUACAGUCGAACACAAACACACACAUCCCGUUUUUUUCUUCUGACUGGAUUUGGAUUAAAUCCUCUUUUUUUGUACGAUCAUGUGUGGAUGGUGGAUAUUUGUUGGCGCUCUGGCUGGGAUCCUCACCGUCCCCCGUGGGAUUCACGGAGCUUGUAUCUAUGAAGGAGCGCUGCAUGCGAACAACACGUCAUGGAGGCCGCAGUCCUGUCAGGAGUGUACCUGCUAUGGUGAUGUGGCCAUCUGUGGGCCCACCCACUGUCCCAACCCCCACUGUGACCUGCAGAGGGGCGAGCAUUUGAGGAUCCACACCAACAAGUGCUGUCCAGAGUGCGCCUCCUCAUCCCAGGGCUCCUGCCAGUACGAAGGAGUCAUUUAUGGACAUGACAGUCAGUGGAGUCCCUCGCCUUGCUCAGUGUGUACUUGCUCCGGAGGGAGCGUAUCCUGCAGCACUCGCCCCUGCCCACAUCUCACCUGUCCCGGGGAUCAAAGCCUGUUCACCCCAGCCGGGGAGUGUUGCCCCAAGUGUGCCAGCAAUGGAGAGUCUUGCUCUUGGCAGGGGAUCGUUUACAGGGAUGGAGAGGAGUGGAAGCCCAGCCUCUGUUCCAGAUGUGUCUGCAGCAAUGGAGAGGUCCAGUGUUCAGUAGCAGAGUGUCAGCAAGUGGCCUGCAAACCGCAUGAGAACUUGGUGAUCCAGCCAGGAGAGUGCUGUCCCCAGUGUGUGUCCAACCCUUGUCUGUCAGCUGGAAAACAGUACCAGCACGGUGAGCAGUGGCAGAAGAACACCUGCACCACGUGCGUGUGUGACCGGGGUCAAUCUAAAUGCCACACUAAAACCUGCCCACCCAUAACCUGCGACAAGGGGCAGACCAAAGUGAAGCGUGCCGGGCAGUGCUGUGAUGAAUGCGCUGCUGCUAAGGGAAGCUGCCAGUACCAGGGCGCAGUGCGUUACCAUGGAGACAUGUGGAACAGCACCGGCUGCGAGUUCUGUACCUGCAGCCGGGGUCAGGUCCUCUGUCAGAGGGCCGAGUGUGGACGUGUCGAAUGCCCACAGGGAUCUGAGCUCGUUAACCUGCCGGGGAAAUGCUGCCCCGAGUGUUCGUCUGCGAAACCUUCCUGUGUGCACAAGGGAAAAUCCUACAAGAACCUUGCUCGAUGGAGUGAUGGCAGUUGUCGUGAGUGUGAAUGCCACGAUGCCCAGGUGACUUGUUAUCUGAGAUCCUGCCGUACUUGCCCUCUGGGCACCCUGGCUGUCAUUCAGGACGGCCAAUGUUGCCCCGAGUGUCACAAAGUCCAGUGCCACGCAGACUGCCUGUCGUGCUCGGGAACGUCUGAUCACUGUGACAGCUGCAGGGACCCACAGGCCUUACUUCAUCUCGGCCGCUGCCUGUCCGUCUGUCCAGUGGGCUUCUACGCCGAAGGACGAGUAUGUGCAGCCUGCCAAUCAUCCUGUGCCACCUGUUCCAGCAGGUGGGAUUGUCAGUCCUGCGGCUCCAGGCUGCCCCUGCUGAACCCCGAUAGGAGUCAGUGCCUGGCUUCCUGUCCACCUGGUUCCUAUCAGCACGACCCAACACACUGUCGCUACUGUCACGAGUCGUGCUCGGAGUGCCGUGGGCCGAGUCAGCAGGAGUGCGUGUCGUGCUCAGACCCGGUCGCCUUGCUGAAAGACGGGGCGUGCGUCCUUGACUGUGGCACAGGUUUCUACAGUCGAGAAGGCGUCUGCCACGCCUGUGAUUCGUCCUGUGCCUCCUGUUUUCCCGACAACCCCAAAUGUAUGAGCUGCCCACCGGGGACUGCCUUGCAUCAUGGGAAAUGUCUCAGCCAGUGUCCAGCUCAGCAUUACCUGGACAGCCAAAGCAGAUGCAGAGCCUGCCACAGCUCCUGUGCCUCCUGCUGGGGUCCCUCGGUAUCCCAGUGCACCUUGUGUCCAGGCGGACUACUUCUCCACCAGGGCCAGUGUGUGGAGGCCUGUGGGGAGGGGCUGUAUGCUCAGGACUACACCUGCCACAACUGUCAUCCCUCCUGCCGUUCUUGUGUGGGACCCCUGGCCUCAGACUGCCUCCGCUGCCUCAAACCGGAGGAAGCUCUUCUUCCGCAAUCGAGUCACCUUCAGCACAGCGUCUGCACAGCUGGGUGUCCCACGCGCAGCUUCCUGGAUGACAUGCAGACAUGCAGAGAGUGUCAUCCCUCCUGCUGGCAGUGUGCUGGGCCAUCUGCAGACAACUGUACGUCCUGUCCCUCCCCGUCCAGCCUGUACAAGGGCCGCUGUGUCCCCACAUGCCCACAAGGCUUCCUUAUUCAGGACAACCAAUGCCAAGCGUGCCAUCCCUCCUGCCAGACCUGCUCCGGUCCCUCCCAGGCCGACUGCAUCGCCUGCCCCCCGCUGGUGUCCCUGCAGAGUGGCCACUGCAGGGCAAACUGCCAAGAGGGGCAUUUCCUUAAUGCUAUCUCUGGAGAGUGCGUCAAGUGCAGCUCGGACUGCCAGCGCUGCACAGCAGACCUCCAGACGGGCGUCGGCAGCAUCUGUCUGUGGUGCAAAGCGCCAAGAACGUGGCUGCUGGGCGAUCACUGUGUCUCUCACUGUCCUCUGGGUCAUUAUGGCUGGCAUGGAGCCUGCAUCAAAUGCCAUCCAUCAUGCGAGGCCUGCAGUGGGGCUGGGCCGCUCUCUUGUACUUCCUGCCCUGCCAACAGCGUUCUCUUGCCAUCUGGACUCUGUGCCCCCAAAUGUCCCCUUGGAUACUAUAACAAUGGCCAAAGGAUCUGCCAGGCAUGUGACAGCCAGUGCCUGACGUGCGAGACGCCCGGGGUUUGUACUUCCUGCCGUGACCCGGCCAAGGUGCUGCUGUUCGGAGAAUGCCAGUACGACAGCUGCGCCCAUCAGUACUACCUCAACACCACGACCCGCACCUGCAGAGAGUGUGACUGGAGCUGCAAUGCCUGUAAAGGCCCCCUGAGGACUGACUGCCUGCAAUGCAUGGAGGCCUACGUGUUGCAGGAGGGAGUGUGCACACAGGGGUGCUCCUUUGGCUCCUAUCGGGAUGGAGACAGAUGCCUCGGCUGUGAUGAUCACUGUUUGGACUGUCGAGGUCCUGGACAGUGCCAGGAAUGCCAGCCUCCCUACGCCACGCUGCACGGCCAGUGUGUGCUCGAAUGUGGCAGGAACUACUUCCUGGAUGCAUCUUCCAAAGCUUGCAAAUCUUGCUCGUCCGACUGCGUGCUCUGCGACGGGAACGGACUCUGCAGAGCUUGUCGUAAUCAGACCUACCUCAUGGAAGGAUACUGCACUCCUGACUGUGGACAUGGAUACUAUGCAGACCAGAAGACCAGGACCUGUCACGUGAACGCCCACACACCUGCCCUCCAUGUCAACGGGUCCCUGCUGGUUCCCUUUGAUGGUUUUGCCCCGCUGCUCCCCACCCUGCUGCAGGUGAAAGACCCAGACAGUCCGUCUGAGCAGCUGAUCUUUCAGCUUGUUCAGAAGCCGAGUAACGGACGGCUGGUCCUGUUCAGAGGGGAAGAAGUCGAAGAGACGGGAGGCCGAGAAAUAAAGAAGGACGACACGUUCACGUGGGCAGAGCUGAGGCACGGACGGGUCCGAUUCCAAUACCAGAGAGACAAAGACAGGAGCGGUGAGUUCACCUUGCGUGUUGCUGAUCCCCAGCUGUUUUCCCAACCGAAAACAAUUCAAGUCCGAGCCGUGUCCAUGCAGCCCCCGAGAGUCGUGACCUUCUCUCCUCUUACCGUGGAGGGCCGUGGCAGCCUGGCAACCAUCACCAAGUCGGUCCUGCAGGUCGACGACCCUGACAACGCAGCCGAUGUUCUGGUCAUGGUGCUUGAGCCGCCCCGCUAUGGCCGGCUGACCCGUCUCCACAGCGACCGCGCUCUCAGCCGAUUCAAGCUGGAGGAGCUGUCACGGGAACAGAUUCAGUACAUCCACGACGGCUCGGAGGGGGCAGGGGACGGGGCGGUGCUGCAGGUCAACGACGGCCACAGCUACAAGAAUAUUCUGCUCAGAGUCCAAAUACACCACAAGCCUGGAGACUCUCCUCACAUGCUGUCCAUCCCAGUGACCUGGGUGAAAGAGGGAGGCAUGGUGCGACUCGAUAAAAAGUACCUGCAGACAGACUUCAAAGGAGUCAGCACUGAUAACAUUGUCUACAGCAUCCUCCCCUCAGAGGGGCAACCCAAAUAUGGUGAGGUGUUGCUGGUGUCCAUGCCGGCUGACGGCCCCCCAGAGGGUUGGCUUCCCUCGCUAACAGACGACCGCAGCUUUACAGCAACGACUUCCUUCACGCAGCAAGACGUGAACGACGGUGCGGUCUGGUACCGCCACUUUGGCACCGGCAGCAGCGGUGACUCCUUCCUGUUCCAGGUUUCCACAGAGGCAGAACCAGUCGUUCAGAGCGAUGCUCAGACCUUCACCAUAGGAGUCAUGCCUCAGAUCCCAGGAUUCCCACAGCUGGCCCCCGACUGCGACCUACAGAUCACGGCUCUGGAGGCUCAGGUGACAGAGAUAACGCCUUCAGCGCUGUCCUUCGUCGACUCUGAGACUCCCAGCGAGAAGCUCGUCUACAGUAUCACCAAACCUCUACCAUCGGGACAAGGGACCAUCGAGCAUCGGGACAGGCCAUACACACACGUGCAACAUUUCACUCAGGCUGAUGUGAAUAACGGCAAGAUCAUCUACAGACCACCGCAGGCUCCAUCACACCUCCAGGAGCUCUACCAGUACUCCUUCACCGGCCUGCCGGAGUCGCUGAGCGUUUAUUUCACAGUGUCAGAUGGCGAGCACAACACGCCUGAGCUGGACUUUGCCGUCCUGCUGCUGACAAACCACCAGCAGCCGCCGGUGUUUCAGGUUCUGGACCCUCUGCUGGAGGUCAGCCUCAGAGGACAAGCUGCCAUCGGCGGUCAGCAGCUGGCCGUGAGCGACGUUGACACGGCUCCAGAUGAGCUGGAGUUCGAGGUGGUAGAAGCUCCCGUCCAUGGAGAGCUGAUAAAGACUGACGGCAACACAAAGAUUCGCAUGACUAAUGGUGACACCUUCACUUUCAGCGACGUCACCCGCAAUGUCCUGCUCUACCACCACUCCGGGCUCUCCACCCAAGAUGAUGCCAUCACCUUCUCAGUUAGCGACGGUAUCUCCAUGGCUGCCACAGUAGUGCAGGUGGUGGUUCUAGGCGCUGGAGGCAGCGGGCCACAGCAGGACCCCAUCGCCACGCUCUCGCUGGAAGUGGGCGAGAAAAGCAGCACUGUCAUCAGACGCUCACACCUGGCUUACACGGAUGACUCAUCUCCAGAUGACCAGAUUCGACUCCAGCUGGUGUCGGUGCCAAUGUACGGCAUCCUGACCAGGAGCCAGUCCCAGCAGGAGCACCAGGAGCUGAGGGAGUACUCCUCCUUCACAAUGGAGGACAUCAAUAAGCACAGGAUCAGGUACAUCACUUCAAUAGAGACGGGAAGUCAGCCAGUGACUGAUAUCUUCCACUUUGUUGUUUAUGAUGGAGACAACAAUCGCCUUGACAACCAGAUAUGCACCAUCACCAUCACCUCCGCACCAAGACAGCCGCCGUUGGUCACUGUCCGCAGCAGCAUCAAGGUCGAGGAAGGCGGUCGCGUGCAGCUGUCUACCAAUGACAUCACAGUGUCAGAUGUGGACACGCCCCCGAAGGACCUGCUGAUUUGGCUUGUCAGCCCUCCUAAAUAUGGUUUUAUUGAGAACACCAGGACAGGAAGCUCUGUUGGCGGCUCACAUGUCGUCACCCCUGACGUGCCUUUCUCUGUGGAGGACCUUACAUCUGGCCAUAUCUCUUACGUCCAGGAGAGCCAGCUUAAACCUCAAACCAAGCAGGACAUCUUCAGCGUCUACAUCAGCGACGGGCUCAGUCAGACGGAAGCUUUCAGUGUGGAAAUUGACAUCCAGCAGAGUAAAGAGGACAAAGAGCCGGUGGUGUCCGUCAGCAGCAUCCAUAUAGAGGAAAACUCUGGAGUUGUCAUCACCAACUCGUCUCUCAGCGUCCACGAUCAGGACACACCAGAGAACGAGAUCCUCUUCACUAUUAUCAGAAUUCCCAGCUAUGGCAAGCUCCGCAGGCGGCAGUUCUACUCCCAGCCACUGGAGAACGGUCGCGUCCUAACGCAGGGCUCCACAUUCACCUAUCAGGAUGUGGUGGAUCAGCUGCUGGUUUACACGCCUGAAACUGUCAGCGGGGGAGCAGACGAGAUGGCCUUCACCCUCACCGAUGGCAUUCACACCCACACGGGCCGCCUGGAGUUCACGAUGGACGUCACGAGGAGCGAGGGACCUCGAAUGACCGUCAACAGAGGACUGCAGCUUCCAGCAGGGUCAUCAUCUAAGAUCACAGAGCAGAAUCUGAAAGGUACUGACAUCGACUCAGACCACCUGAAGCUCCGGUACAUCUUGACCAAAGACCCCCCAGUCGGCAAGCUGCAGCUCAACAGGAGCAGCCGAGCGGAGAGCGUUUCUGUGAGAGGUCCCAUUCAGAGCUUCACUCAGGAGGACGUCAACAAAGGCCUGCUGCAGUACAGCCACGAGAAGGGGGAGAAAGGAGGAAGCCUGUCGUUCAAGUUCAACCUGCUCGAUCCGGAGGGCAACAAACUGAUCGACCAGUCCUUCUUCAUCAGUGUGCUCGAAGACCAUCUCCCUCCAUCUGUAGUGGUAAACAAAGGCCUGGUGCUUGAUGAAAACUCAGUGAAGAAGCUGACCACGCUGCAGCUGUCAGCCAGCGACCAGGACAGCGAGCCGGGCGAGCUCAUCUACCGUGUCACCAAACAGACGAGCCUGGGGCACCUCGAGCAUACUGCCAGUCCAGGCACCAGGAUCAGCACCUUCACACAGGCUGACCUGGCAUCACGCAGCAUCCAGUACGUCCACAGCAGUGAAGAAGAGAAACAUGCUGACCAGUUCUCCUUCACUGUGUCCGACGGGACAAAUGAGGUUGCCCAGACUUUCUACAUCACCAUCAAGCCUGUGGACGACUCCCUGCCUCUUCUUCAGGUCCCUGGCAUGAGGGUGCAGGAGGGUGUAAGAAAGACCAUCACUGAGUUUGAGCUGAAAGCCACCGAUGCGGACACAGAGGCGGAGUCCGUCAUCUUCAGCGUCGUCCAGGCUCCUCGACAUGGCACCAUCGAGCGCACCAUCAACGGCCAACACUACCGACAGACCAGCAGCUUCACCAUGGACGACAUCUACCAGAACCGCAUCAGCUACAACCACGACGGCUCCAACUCGCUCAAAGACCGCUUCACCUUCACCGUGACCGACAGCACCAACCUGCUCUUCAUGGUGGAGGACGACGGAAAAGAGAUAGUGACAGCCGCUCCCCAGAAGUUCAAGAUAGAUAUCCUGCCAGUUGAUGAUGGAACGCCGUUAAUUUUCACCAACCUGGGACUGCAGUGGCUGGAGUACAUGGAUAACAAGGCCACCAAUCUGAUCACCAAGAAGGAGCUGCUGACCAUGGACCCGGACACAGAUGAUGGACAGCUGGUUUAUGAGAUCACCACAGAGCCAAAGCACGGCUUCCUGGAGAGCAAGCUGAAACCUGGGAACCCCAUUACCACAUUCACACAAGCCGAUAUCAAUCUGGGUCUGAUCCGGUACGUGCUUCAUCAGGAGAACGUCCAGGAAACCAUGGACAACUUCAAGUUCCUGGUCUAAGACAGUAAACCAAAUGUGGUCAGUGACAAUGUCUUCCACAUCCAGUGGUCCCUCAUCAGCUUUGAGCACAAAAGCUACAAUGUGAGUGAGAAGGCCGGCAUAGUGGCGGUGACCGUGAAGCGAACCGGUAAUCUCAACCAGUACGCCAUCGUGCUCUGCCGCACUGAACAGGGCAGCGCCACCUCCACGAGCAGCGUCGGAUCCAGACCUGGACAGCAGGACUACGUGGAAUAUGCUGGGCAGGUGCAGUUUGAUGAGCGUGAGGACACAAAGGUGUGCACUAUAGUCAUUAACGACGACAAGGUGUUUGAGGGGAUCGAGAGCUUCCAUGUGGAGCUCAGCAUGCCCGUGUACGCGCUGCUGGGUGGAAACACGCGCGCUGUCGUCAACAUCAACGACACAGAAGACGAACCCACUUUGCAGUUUGACAAGAAGAUUUACCAUGUCAAUGAAAGCUCAGGCUUAAUCCAUGCUCCCAUUGAAAGGAAAGGUGAUACCUCCAGCACAGUCUCUGCUCUCUGCUACACCGUAGCCAAGUCAGCACAGGGCAGCAGCCUCCACGCUCUGGAGUCCGGCUCUGACUACAAGAGCCGCGGCAUGACCACCGACAACCGAGUGAUCUUCGGUCCUGGAGUCAGCAUGUCCACCUGUGAUGUUAAGCUCAUCGAUGACAGCGAGUACGAACUGUCCGAGGAGUUCGAGCUGGUGCUUUCAGACACCUCCGAUAACGCACGCAUGGGCGACGUGUCGGUGGCCAAGGUCAUUAUUGAUGGACCCAACGAUGCAUCGACUGUUUCUCUUGGAAACGCCACGUUUACUUUCAGCGAAGAUGCUGGCACAAUUGAAAUACCAGUGCUGCGUCAUGGCAGCGACCUGUCCUCGCUGACCUCUGUGUGGUGCGCCACCCGACCUUCAGACCCUCCAUCAGCCAGCCCCGGGGUCGACUACAUUCCCAGCUCCAAGAAAGUGGAAUUCAAACCUGGAAAAACUGACGAGACGUGCAGUUUAACCAUCAUGGAUGACAUCCAGAACCCGUCCAUCGAGGGGUCUGAGUCCUUCGUGGUGUUCCUCAGUUCUCCUCAGGGUGCUGUCCUCCAAGAGCCCUAUGAAGCCAACGUCAUCAUCGCGGACACGUUCCAGGACAUUCCUAACAUGCAGUUUGAGAAGAGCUCCUACACCACGAAGGAGAAGGAUAACCUUCUCCACAUCCCCAUCAUCCGGACCGGCGACCUCUCCUUCAAGUCAUCGGUGCGCUGUUUCACCCGGACCAUGUCCGCCAUGGUGAUGGACGACUUUGAGGAGAGAAGGAAUGCAGAUGAGUCGCGCAUCACUUUCCUCAAAGGAGAGAAGGUGAAAAACUGCACAGUUCACAUCAUUGACGACUCAGUGUUCGAGCCUGAGGAGGAGUUUCAGGUGCAUCUCGGUACACCGCUCAGUGACCACUGGAGCGGCGCCAUGGUGGGAGCCAAUGAUAUUGUCACUGUAACCAUCACCAAUGAUGAAGAUGCUCCCACCAUUGAGUUCGAGCAGGCGUCCUUUCAGGUGAGAGAGCCUCCCGGUCCAGAUGGCAUCGAAGUGCUCAACAUCAAAGUGAUCCGCAGAGGAGAUCUGGACCGAACGUCCAAGAUCCGUUGCAGCACCCGGGAUGGAUCGGCCCAAUCUGGAGUCGACUACAAUCCCAAGAGUCGAGUGCUUAAAUUCACCCCGGGCAUGGACCACAUCCUCUUUAAAGUGGAGAUUUUGUCCAAUGAGGACAGAGAGUGGCACGAGUCCUUCUCAUUGGUCCUUGGGCCUGAUGACCCAGUGGAGGCAGUGCUUGGGGAGAUCACAAUGGCCACAGUGACCAUUCUGGAUCAGGAGGCGGCAGGAAGUCUCAUCCUACCUGCCACGCCUAUUGUGGUCUCUCUCGCUGAUUACGAUCAUGUCCAGGAGGUGAUCAAAGAGGGCAGCAAGAAGACUCCCUCUCCAGGUUACCCUCUGGUGUGUGUCACACCCUGUGACCCUCACUACCCCAAGUACUCUGUGAUGAAGGAGCGCUGUGAGGAGGCGGGAAUCAACCAGACCCAAGUUCACUUCUCGUGGGAAGUGGCGGCUCCCACUGACACCAGCGGCGCCCGAUCCCCCUUUGAGACGGUCACAGAUACAACCCCGUAUACUAGCGUCAACCAUAUGGUUCUGGACAGCAUUUAUUUCAGCCGGCGCUUCCACGUUCGCUGCGUGGCUCAGGCCAGAGACAAAGCUGGACACCUGGGAACACCGCUGAGGAGCAACAUCGCCACCAUCGGCACAGAGGGCUCCAUCUGCCACACACCCGUCACCACGGGCACCGCCAGAGGCUUCCAGGCUCAAUCCUUUAUCGCCACACUCAAAUACUUAGACGUCAAGCACAAAGAGCACCCCAACCGGAUCCACAUCUCAGUCCAGAUCCCCCAUCAGGAUGGAAUGCUCCCCCUGGUUUCCACCAUGCCGCUGCACAACCUUCACUUCCUGCUGUCAGAGUCGAUCUACAGGCAGCAGCACGUCUGCUCCAACCUGGUCACCCUCAAAGACCUUCAGGGGAUCGCCGAGUCGGGCUUCCUCGAUGAUGUAUCGUAUGACAGCAUCUCCCUGGGGCCCGGCUACGACCGCCCCUACCAGUUCAACCCCAACGUCCGCGAGGGCAAGAGCCUCCAGUUCUAUAAGCACCUCAACCUGAAGAGCUGCAUCUGGACCUUCGAUGCCUACUACGACAUGACAGAACUCAUCGACGUGUGCGGGGGCUCAGUCACCGCGGACUUCCAGGUUCGGGACUCUGCUCAGUCCUUCCUGACGGUGCAGGUUCCUCUCUAUGUCUCCUACAUCUACGUCACAGCCCCGAGAGGCUGGGCCUCUCUGGAGCAUCACACCGAGAUGGAGUUCUCUUUCUUCUAUGACACCGUGCUCUGGAGGACAGGUAUCCAGACUGACAGCGUCCUCUCAGCCAGACUGCAGAUCAUCAGGAUCUAUAUCAGGGAAGACGGUCGGCUGGUAAUUGAGUUUAAAACUCACGCCAAAUUCAGAGGUCAGUUUGUGCUUGAGCACCACACCCUGCCGGGCCACAAGUCCCGCCUCAUGGCCCCCGACCACCUCGGAGGCAUCGAGUUUGACAUCCAGCUGCUGUGGAGCGCUCAAACCUUUGACUCACCGUACCAGCUGUGGAGGGCUACCAGCUCCUACAGCAGGAAGGACUAUUCUGGAGAGUACACAGUCUUCUUGGUCCCCUGCACUGUUCAGCCAACUCAGCCGUGGAUCGAUCCCGGUGACAAACAGCUGUCCUGCACAGCUCACGCUCCAGAGAAGUUUCUGGUGCCGAUUGCCUUCCAACAAACCAACAGGCCUGUUCCUGUGGUUUACUCGCUCAACACGGAGUUCCAGCUGUGCAACAAUGAGAAGGUGUUCAUGAUGGACCCGGCUACUGCUGAUGUGUCGAUGGCUGAGAUGGACUACAAAGGAGCGUUCUCCAUGGGUCAGACUCUGUACGGCAGGGUUUUGUGGAACCCUGAGCAGAACCUGAACGCAGCCUACAAACUGCAGCUGGAGAAGGUUUACCUGUGCACUGGCAGGGAUGGAUAUGUUCCCUUCUUCGACCCCACGGGGACUCUGUACAACGAGGGGCCGCAGUACGGCUGCAUUCAACCCAACAAACACCUCAAACAUCGCUUCCUGCUGCUGGAUCGUAAACAGCCCGAUGUCUGUGACAGAUUUUUCCACGACGUUCCUUUCGAGGCUCACUUUGCCUCAGACAUCCCAGAGCUGCAGUCCAUGACGGCCAUGCCAGGUGUAGACGGCUUCACGAUGAAGGUUGAUGCGCUCUACAAGGUGGAGGCGGGGCACCAGUGGUACCUGCAGGUAAUUUAUGUGAUCGGCCCCGAGUCGCGGUCCAACCCCAGGAUUCAGCGCUCUGUGACGUAUCAGCUCAGCCGUUCUAAACGUGACCUGGUGGAUCGCAGCGGCCGGCUGACGCUUGACGAGUCGCUCAUCUACGACAACGAAGGAGAUCAAAUAAAGAACGGCACCAACAUGAAGUCGCUCUACCUGGAAGCCGGGCCCUCCCCCACCUUUAACGCCCAUGUGGGCAGCUCCGUGGGGGGAGGUGUGGCCGCCAUCACCCUGCUGGUCCUGGUCCUGCUGGCCUCCUGCUUCUUGUUCCGCCGCUGCCGACGGUUGGCCAAGAAGAAGAGCAAGAAGAAGGAACCAAAAAUCUACGAGGAGUAUCCGCUCAACACCAAAGUGGAGGUGUGCAUGGACAAGUGUGUGGAGAAGAACUUCGGCACCAAGCACUGCACGGUGAGAAACAUCAACGUCCUGAACCGCAACCAGGAGGCCAACAGCAAGGCCAAGGUCAAACAGGUCAACCUGGAGGUCAAACUCCACAACAACCUCAACGACGGCACUGAGGUCUGAAACGCGUGACGAGGAAGGCGAGGAAAAGGUGAAAGUGGAAUUUAAAAAAAGGUAUUUUCUAAAAGAAAGUUUGUACUUAAUGGAAUGAGAGGUUAAUGUAUUUUUAUACCACGUUGAAAAAGGGAAGAGUGUGACGCGCAGGCGACUGGGCUACCUCAGGAAUCCAUAAAACACACAGCUGUGUGAAACAGCCAAAACAUCUGCAUCUGAUCAGCCAAACUUCACCUCAAACUGUGUUCAUUUCAUUACUGUGUUACUUGACAUUUGCAACCUUUUUAGCACCAAAACGGUGAGCCGUAGCUCAGACACUGGUGAUUGUUUUUGUAAGAAAAAAAAACACAUUAAAAAAAACUCUUUCUGCUGCAUUUAUUCACGUCACUGCUAUUCAUGUCCCUGCUGUGGAGGGGGAGCCAGUGUAGGAGUCCUCCUUCAGAUGAACGAUGGGAUCAGAAAGUCCUAGAACAGGCCUUUUAAAUGUCUCCCUUUCAAGAUCAUCUUCUGGAGCAUAGCCAAAUCUUUAUUUUAAAAUUGCUCCCCGAGCUCCUGCUACAUCACUACGUGCUGUUCAUGUAUUUCCUGAUGGAUGGAUCCUCCACCCUUGGGUGGAUGUGGGCAUCGUGCGCCUGCAUUUCUGCCGUGUUCUCUAGAAAUGCAGCAUGGUUGGAAAAUUGUUGGAAUCCAUUGACUGUAGGUCAAAUAUCAAUGACCCGUCUGCCGGUCGACCAGGAAAAAGAAUAGACAGUCAAUGAGAAAAGUGCUUCUGUUCCAAACCAUAAACUGUCAGUGCUGCAGUCCCGGAUGCUCAUGCAACUACCCCAACUUCACAGUAAGACUACAACUUUGUGAUGAGUAGCAGUAGUGCUAGCAGCCCUGUUGUUGAGGAAAAGAGUGCCUGAUUGUUGAAUACAUUCACCAUUUUCCACAUACACACAGUUCAAACAGUCAGCUCCUGCCAUGAAGAGCUGUUUUUCUUUAAAUGCAAAGGAACGUAAUAAAAACCCAGCUCUCGUCACCAGCAGCAGGUUUUCCAGAAACACUUCCCACUUCCUCCUGCUGGUCUUGAGGCGUUCCUGAGCUGGAUCUCUCCAAUUAGUUUUGGGCGUGCCCAGUAAACCUCCAAUAGUUGGUAGGCAGUCUCCAAACCUCCUCAGCUUCUCCUCUGGUCUGAACCACAUCGCACAUAUCAGGAGUUAAAUCAUCUGUUUCAUCAUCAGAUGAUCAUCAAAAGGCUUCACAAAGACACAAAGAGAGCGGCUUGUGUCAGGACGCCUGUCAGUUAUUGUGGCCACGCCCUUAAUUCCAAUAUCCAAAAACACACAAAAUAAUUGGCAUCUUAUUAUAAAUGUAAACUACCAAUAGAAGCAAGGCUGAAAAUGUGCUUUUAAUGCUGUUAAGGUGGGCAUUUUUGCAUGGAGGUCGAUGGGUUUGACUCGCUUUUGGAGCCAUCAUCAAGACUCCAGGCCAUCCCAUCCUGCCCUGGCUCCAUGAAGGGGCCUCAGUUUUCCAUCUCAUGGCAGAGGUUUACCGUCUUUGAAUUAUCUGCUUCACUGAGGGAUUUUUGAAUUCUAUACCUGAGGAUAACAAGUUUAUUUGUGUUCAAAUCAGGGCUUCUCUAGAAGAUGACCUUUAAUGUGACAAAUUUAAAGCAAUGUUUUCAUGUUUUGGGGUUUUUUGGCUUAAAAGCUGGAACUUUCUGGUCCCCCCUUGUAUUACUAGUGUUGCUCAGUGAUUCUGCAGAUGAAUUAAACAUCAAAAUUCUGGCUCCACGAAAAAGAAACGUCCUUCAGAGAAACCUCUACACGAGCUACAGCUGCUGUUAAAGUGUUUGGCACGUCCGGUGUGCUGCUAUCGCCCGAGAAUGAAUGAGUGUAAAUAACAAAAAUGAAUGACAACCUUUUCAAGUGCAAUUAUGCCAUCUCUUUUGUUAUUUCUGCCUUCAUUAGCAGGAUUUGCAUUUAAAAAAAUAAACCUGUUUUUAAGCCUUACUUAGAGACAUUUGUACUGUCACGUUGCUCAACACCAGUUCUUAAUUUUUGAGUUUGUACUGUGCUCUGACAGCUGCCAAUAUUAAGUGCCAUGCAGUAUUUUUCCUCAUGAAUUUCAGAAUAAAUCACCCAAAGUUUUUGUUUUUUUCUGUGACAGUGUACGUAGAUUUUCACUGAUCCCGUCCACACGAUCGACUGCUUCAGCCUUACUGUUGUCCUAAUGAAAAUAAUCACUUAUAGGAAAUACGUGUCUACCUGCCUUUGUUCUGCCCAAAGACACAGAAUCCAUUUUCUCACAUCGCUCAGAUAAUUAUUUGUAUUCAUUUAUGUACUUUUAUGUUACCCUCCUGUGAUGUAUUAUGUUACCACUCAGCUACUGAUGUACCUGUAUUAUUUUUUUAAGUGUAUGACACUGGUUCGAGUGCACUGCUGAAGAAAAACACGUUUGUUCUCAUGUGAUGCGUCUUUCUCGCUGAUCCCACCUCCUGUCAUCUUCCCACUGUGUGCCUAUCAAACUACACGGGAGUGGGGAAUUAUGGGAAUGACAUUAUGUUUUUGGUGCUAUCAUUUUGUGGAAAAUGACAACAAUGCUAUCAAUACUGAUGCCUGUAUUUGGUGCCUUUUUUUAGUAAUAAAAAAUAAUCUGAAAUUCA